GGAAUGCUACUUUUCCUAAUAUAGCUUUCCGACCCUGCACACUGUUUACCUUACAUUUUGCAAAAGAAAAUCUCGCUUACGCCUGCUUUAUUUUUCCUAGUUGUCAACAUGAAAUUAUUGAUGGCUACACAAACUUCGUAUUUCGGUUGUGCCGACCUUAACGCAACUCGCUGACGUAUACUUAACUAUGAAAGUUGCAACCCAUUUGGAGUCUUUAUCGGGGAUAGCAUGUUUCUUUCCUAUUCAUUGUGGCGUGUAAUGAUAGGGUAGUCCCGCCUUGUGCUCUCCUCUGGCUUGUCUUCAGUGCAGGAGAGUCCCGUAUGCCUGCAAAGGCUGAGCCCACAGUACUUCUCAGUGCGACUCGCAGAAUGACAGACAUCGAUGAGAGCGAACGUCAGUCUCAGCCAAUCGGCGAUGACUUCCUCCUAUGUUUCCAGUCGCGGAGGUAGAUGAGAGAAUCUACUGCAUAUCCCGGGUAUUGGUGCGUCUCUUUACUUUGAUAAAACGUUUUGAACGGUGGAGGGUUGCCUGACCCACUAUUUGCACUGGUAAAGGAUUUCCAUAAUAUAUCCACAAUGGCUAAAGACCGCAUGCAGUGAUUUUAUGCUGGAACAUCAUUACCGUCAUUACUAUCAUAAAACUCCUUUAAUUUUAAAUUGCCAUCAAGAACAACUUCUUAAAGGUGCACAAAUAUUGUCUAUUCACUGAGCUAGGUUGGAACGAGGAGACUGUCAGAGGAGGACGUGGGAGCAGCCUUUUCAAUGACUUGGAUGGAGGGCAAGCGCACAGCGCACUCAUUCUCUGGAUUAACUCGGCGUUGAAGCAGAGCGACGGGAAGUAUACUAGCAAGGUGCCGCGCUGCGAAGGUCUCCCUGCGAAGAUUUGAUCUGAGUCUCCCAUCUCGGCUACUCGGUCGCUCUUAUUUGCAAACUGCGGCCGUUCAACUAAAUAGAGCAAGCCGUUUUUAACGAGGAGCAAAGCAUCCAGUCUUGCGAGGCACGUCGACGGGCGGCCGGAGAAUGGAACGAUCUUCAGCAUUUCAAUGGGCAACACAGGCGCGCUUUUAUCCUAACGGGGAUCUGGCGAACUGCGUAGGAAUUUGAACUGUCUCAGAGUUGGCGUAUUUGGAUUUUUUACCGGAGCAAGGGAAACGAAGAGGAAGAAGAGAACGAAUAGGAGUGGAUUCUGAGGUCUUAAAGAAUACAAACGAAUGGCAUAUCGCAUGCACGCGGAGGGGGAUAUGGGCUACACAGGCUUGGCAGAGUUAUAUGGAAUGAAAUCGAGCGCACCUUGCAUCGAAAUGAUUUAAUCGAAAUCUAAUGGGGCAAAGCAGAAGAGUAAUAUGGGAAAACACGAGAUGUGAGAAGAUUCGAUUCCCCUGGUCCUCGGUUUUCUGAGCAGGGCUGGCGUUCCUUCUUGAAGGUGUUAAAACCUGACUUACAAUGGAAAAACUGCUGGUCCUCUCGUUCGUCAUUGGAAUGGCAGUGAAGGCCCAAACUUGUCCAAAGCGCUGUUCGUGUCAAGUGUUAUCGCCCAACCUUGCCACCCUCUGUGCCAAAAAAGGGCUCCUCUUCGUCCCGCCGAACAUCGACCGCCACACCGUGGAACUCCGCCUGGCCGACAACUUUGUCACCAGCAUCAAGCGGAAAGACUUUGCCAACAUGACCCGGCUGGUGGACCUGACACUGUCGCGGAACACCAUCAGCUACAUUACGCCGCACGCGUUCGCCGACCUGGAAAACCUGCGCGCCCUGCACCUGAACAGCAACCGGCUGACGCGCAUCGCCAACGACACCUUCAGCGGCAUGUCCAAGCUGCACCACCUCAUCCUCAACAACAACCAGCUCAUGCUCAUCAGUCUGGGGGCGUUCAACGACCUCCUGGCGCUGGAGGAGCUGGAUCUCUCCUACAACAACCUGGAGAGCAUCCCCUGGGAGGCCAUCCAGAGGAUGAUCAGCCUCCACACGCUCAGUCUAGACCACAACAUGAUCGAAUACAUUCCCGAGGGCACCUUCUCGCUGCUGCAGAAGCUCAACCGGCUGGACGUCACGUCCAACAAGCUCCAGAAGCUGCCGCCGGACCCACUCUUUCAGCGAGCGCAGGUGCUGGCCACGUCGGGCAUGAGCAGCCCGACGAUGUUCGCGCUCAGCUUCGGCGGCAACCCGCUGCACUGCAACUGCGAGCUGCUGUGGCUGCGGCGGCUGAGCCGCGAGGACGACCUAGAGACGUGCGCGUCGCCCACCCACCUCUCCGGGCGGUACUUCUGGUCCAUCCCCGAGGAGGAGUUCCUGUGCGAGCCACCGCUCAUUAUUAGCCACUCGCCCGAGAUGCGCGUGUUGGAGGGCCAGCAGGUGGCGCUGAGGUGCAAGGCCCGCGGCGACCCCGUGCCCGCCAUCCACUGGAUCUCCCCGGAGGGGAAGCUGGUGUCCAACACCUCGCGCACCGUGGUCUACGCCAACGGCACGCUGCACAUCACCAUCACCACCGUCAAGGACACGGGCUCGUUCACCUGCAUCUCGUCCAACCCGGCCGGCGAGGCGCAUCAGACCGUGGAGCUGAUGAUCAUCAAGCUGCCGCACAUCACCAACAGCACCAACAACAUCCAGGAGUCCGACCCCGGCUCCUCGGACAUCUCCACCUCCACCAGGGCUGGGGCCAACGGCAGCAACCAGACGGCCGACGUCAAGACCAGCCCGGACAAGAGGGUGGUCAUAGCGGAGGCCACGUCCUCCACUGCCCUGAUCAAGUUCAAUUUCCAGAGGAAUAUCCCUGGCAUCCGCAUGUUUCAGAUCCAGUACAAUGGCACAUACGACGACUCUCUGGUUUACAGGAUGAUCCCUCCCACGAGCAAAAACUUCCUGGUGAACAACCUGGCAGCAGGGACCCAGUACGACCUGUGCGUGUUGGCGAUCUACGACGACGGCAUGACCUCGCUGACGGCCACGCGCGUGGUGGGCUGCGUCCAGUUCACCACCGAGUCCGAGUACCUGCGCUGCCACUUCAUGCAGUCGCAGUUCCUGGGCGGCACCAUGAUCAUCAUCAUCGGCGGCAUCAUCGUGGCGUCCGUGCUCGUCUUCAUCAUCAUCCUCAUGAUCCGCUACAAGGUGUGCAACAGCAGCGACUCGGCCAAGGGCCGCAUGGUCACCACCAACGUGCACUCGCAGACCAACGGCGCGCAGUCGCAGGGCUGCACCGUCACGCCGUCCGUCUCCAAGCAGGCCAUGGGGGGGAAAGACGGCGGGGGGAGUGACGGAGGAGGAGGAGGAGGAGCAGGGGGCAGCCAGAAGGGCCCACCGCCGGAUACCCUGACCCACUCAUCGGAGACCACGUCUCUAGCCGAGUGCUCCACCGCUACCUCCCAGUUCAGCCAGGGCUGGACCACCGCGGGCUCCUCGGGCACACUCAAGAGCAAGCGCAAGGGUGCCGCGCCAAAGCCCGCCGGCACUCCCGGCCAGGCCUCCUCCGGCGCUGCCAAGAGCCCGGAGCCCCAGAUCGAGGUGCUGCUCAACGCGGAGACGCAGAACACCAACCGCAACAACUCCACUGCCCUGCAGCAGCCCCCGAUGGUCCACUUCGUGGCCGCCCCCGCGCCCGGCCCCUCACACCCACCUCCUCAGCUGCCCCCGGCGCGCUUCAAGGACACGCCCAUCCUCCGCAGGGUCCAUCAGAGGCCCUCCGGCUCCAAAUACCUGACACUUCCGGUGGAGGGCACGAGAGCCAAGCGCAGAUACUCUCUCAACGAGGACCUGUCCAAACACCACUGCUACAUCGGCUCGACCAAGUUCAGCAGCGUGUGGUCGGCCAAGCGGAGCCUAUCCAUGAACGGGAUGCUGCUGCAGCUGGAAAACCCGGAUUUGGAAGGCGGGAAGGCCACUCACUCCAGCGCAGAGUGGAUUCUUGAAAGCACUGUGUGAAUGUAAAAGUGGGACAGUGUGUAUGUAACUCAUGUUUAUGUACGUACGUAUGUAUGUAUGUUGCUAUGAAAAUAAGUGUGUGUGUGUGUGUGUUUUUUAUUUUUAUUUCUCUCCUCUCCUCUCAAAGGAUUUAUUUGUCUAUUUUCUGUCUCUUUUUUAUUUUCAUGAAGAACAACAGACAGUCUGAUGAGUCCUGACUAAUCAAAUCCAUCGUUCCUUCUAUUGGGAUCACCUCUCUGCAGGCACUGUUGCCACAGUCCAGUAGCCUUGGCACUUCUCACAGUCACCCCCAUUUCAAAACCAGUGACCGGAGGAAAAAUAAAUCCUUUCACGUUUUUUCUGUACCUAGACUUUCCAUACUUACCUUGACAAGAGAGAAAAAAAGAGCAUUGGUGCCUUCCUUUGCAUAACAGUCGUCCUCUUGCCAAGCACCAACCAAGAAAUGAGUUUCAAACAGAUCAAGGAAAUGUGGCGUCAGGAGGAACCAGAAAGAUUUCACAAAAAGCCUUUCUACUCAAGGAAAUAAACAUUUCCUUCAUACUAUUAUGACACACACACACACACACACACACACACACACACACACACACACUUACAAAAAAAAGAACGAUUAUCAAAGGACUUAUCACAGGACCUGUUAUUAAAUUCAUAUUUUUUAAAGAAAAAAAAAAAAGUAUUCUUUUCAGUGACGUUGAUACUGCCUUUGUUUAAAGGCUAUGAAACCAUGUACAGGAUGACAACAUCUGCUGUGUUGUUACGUUGUGUAAAAUAAAAAAAAAGAAAGAAAAAGAAAGAAGUACA